CCGAGGCGCCGGCUGGGCGCGCGCGCGGCGGGGGCCGAAGCUGCUCCCUCGCUCCCCCCACCCCGCCCCGCCGGGCUCCAACCGCCGCCGCCGCCGCCGCCCGGGCCCCCGCCCCCGGACCCCGGCCCCGCGGGGACCGCCACCCCCACCCAGGGGGCGUCACCGCCGCCGCCGCGCUCCGCGGCCCGCCGGGCGCCCUCCUUCCUCCUCCUCCCUCCGCCCGCCGGCCGGGGAGUGCGGGCGGCGGGGCGGCCCGCGGGCCAUGCGUUCGGCGCGGCCCAGCCCGGCCGGCCGGGGGCGGCGCCCCAAGCCCGGGCCCCGCGCGGCCCGCGCCCCCGGCCCCCGCUGAGCCCCGGGGCCCCGCCGCGGCCGAGGCCAUGUUCCCCGUGUUCCCCUGCACGCUGCUGGCCCCCCCCUUCCCCGUGCUGGGCCUGGACUCCCGGGGGGUGGGCGGCCUCAUGAACUCCUUCCCGCCACCUCAGGGUCACGCCCAGAACCCCCUGCAGGUCGGGGCUGAGCUCCAGUCCCGCUUCUUUGCCUCCCAGGGCUGCGCCCAGAGUCCGUUCCAGGCCGCCCCCGCGCCCCCGCCCACGCCGCAGGCCCCCGCGGCCGAGCCGCUGCAGGUGGACUUGCUGCCGGUGCUCGCCGCCGCCCAGGAGUCGGCCGCCGCUGCCGCCGCCGCCGCCGCCGCCGCCGCCGCCGCCGCGGUCGCCGCCGCCCCCCCGGCCCCGGCCGCCGCCUCCACUGUGGACACAGCGGCGCUCAAGCAGCCCCCGCCGCCCCCGCCGCCGCCCCCGCCCGCGCCGGCGCCCGACGCCGCGCCCCCCGUCUCGGUCUCCGCCGCCGGCAUCGCCGUCGCCGCCACCGCCGCGGUCGCCCCCUCCUCGACGGUCGCCGUGGCCCCGGUGGCGGCGGCCUUGGAGAAGAAGACAAAGAGCAAGGGGCCCUACAUCUGCGCGCUGUGCGCCAAGGAGUUCAAGAACGGCUACAACCUGCGGCGGCACGAGGCCAUCCACACGGGAGCCAAGGCCGGCCGGGUGCCCGCGGGCGCCAUGAAGAUGCCCACCAUGGUGCCGCUGAGCCUGCUGAGCGUCCCGCAGCUGAGCGCGGCCGGCGGGGGCGGGGGCGAGGCGGCGGGCGGCGGGGCGGCCGCCGUGGCCGCGGGCGGCGUGGUCACCACCACGGCGUCGGGCAAGCGCAUCCGCAAGAACCACGCCUGCGAGAUGUGCGGCAAGGCCUUCCGCGACGUCUACCACCUGAACCGGCACAAGCUCUCGCACUCGGACGAGAAGCCCUACCAGUGCCCCGUGUGCCAGCAGCGCUUCAAGCGCAAGGACCGCAUGAGCUACCACGUGCGCUCGCACGACGGCGCUGUGCACAAGCCCUACAACUGCUCCCACUGUGGCAAGAGCUUCUCCCGGCCGGAUCACCUCAACAGUCACGUCAGACAAGUGCACUCAACAGAGCGGCCCUUCAAAUGUGAGAAAUGUGAGGCAGCUUUUGCUACGAAGGACCGGCUGCGGGCACACACGGUCCGACACGAGGAGAAGGUGCCAUGUCACGUGUGCGGCAAGAUGCUGAGCUCAGCUUACAUCUCGGACCACAUGAAGGUGCACAGCCAGGGUCCUCACCAUGUCUGUGAACUGUGCAGCAAAGGUACCGGUGAGGUCUGUCCUAUGGCGGCGGCGGCGGCGGCGGCAGCAGCGGCAGCAGCGGCGGCAGCAGCUGCAGUAGCAGCCCCACCUACAGCUGUGGGCUCUCUCUCUGGGGCUGAGGGGGUGCCUGUGAGCUCCCAGCCACUCCCCUCCCAGCCCUGGUGAGCUCCAAGUUAGUGGGUGACAGAGGGGAGAAUGAAGGGAAGCCCCUCGGCUCCAUCUCCUCUCCCCCUUUCCCCACCAACUCCUCACUACUCCCCCACCAACCGAGGAACCUCCAAGGAAAGGAGGCAGAUGUGUUUUCUUAGGGGAAUUCGCUAGGUUUUAAAGAUGUUUCUCCUGCUCCUCUCCCAGACCUGACCCCACAUACACUUGUCCCCUUGGUUGUGUUGAAGCCCCCUGGACAGCGGGCAGGUGUGGCCCUUGCCCCUCCUGUGACCCCAGACCCCUCGGGGGGGCUUGUGAGCAGUUUCCCUUGAUGGCCUCCUUGCUCUCCUCCCAACCUCCCCACUGUCUGCUGCCCCUCCCUGGGGAGUCGGUGCUUUAUUAUUAUUUUUUUCCUUUCUUUCUUCGGGGGGAGGGAGGAGAGAAAGGAGGGUAAUCAAAGAUUCUGUCCUGGAGAGGAGAAGGCAGACUCGCUAAGGGGCAGAAAUAGGGAAGGCAGUGCUUGCCUUCAUAAAGUGGGGUUGUCUGGGGUCAGGCCCCCAACAUCCUACUUGGGAGUCUGUCAGGGGGAAAGACCGAGCAAAAGGAGGAGCUACUAUGGGCCAGAGGUAGGACCAGAGAUGGGAUCUCAGGAGGCCAGGGUACCGGGAGCCAGGAACCAGAGGUGCUUCCUGGGAGCGGGGGGAAAUGCAGCCGGUGGCUCCCCCUUUCCCUCUCCCACCCCAGCCCCAGCCCUGGCCUUUUCUUCUCAUCCCUCUUCCCCGAGACAGAAGCUGUGGCCCUGGCCAUGUCAUCGUGUUCCUGUGUCCCCUGCAUGUCCCCCUCCCCUCACCCCCUCCUUUUGCGCGCGGGCCCCAUUACAAUAAAUUUUAAAUAAAAACCUG